UGUGAUCGGUCGAAGGGACCACGAGAUGAAGGAGGCUGAGCCGCGACCCCAUGCGGUUGCGAUCGCAACGUAGCGGGUCGGCACUCGGCAGUCGGCGCACGAGGGCCGCGUGAAGGCGCGGGGUGAGCUUGCGCGCGACCGUUCUAUCGUGCCGUGCGGAGUGCCAGUCGCACGCUCGCAUUUAUCGGGGCGGGUGUCAGUCCGGUGUCAUCGUUGUAGAAAUCCGUAAUCUAGUUUCUUGGAUUAUUUCUUUACGAGUGUCUCCUUAUCACAUGAUUGCUAUGGGAAUUUUCAUGUGAUGUGCCAAAUUUUAUCUUGAUAACCGUGCCGUGCUGCAAUAUAGAGAACUCGUGGGGUACGCUUUUUUGGAAAAGUGUUUUUCUUGUUGGUGCGAGGCGUCUGUGGGACCGGGCGCGGGCGGCGCGCGGGCCCGUAGUGUCGGGUCGGUGGAUGGUGCGGCGCGGGCGGGCGCCGGGGCGCGGCCGGCGGCGCCGCUAGCAAAAUGUCGAUACCCCUGGGCCGGGAGACUGUUCUCCCCACGCAGUGCAUGGCGCGAGCACUCUACGACAACAUAGCGGAGUCACCGGACGAGCUGGCGUUUCGGAGAGGGGACCUGCUCACCGUGCUGGAGCAGAACACUGGUGGCAGCGAGGGCUGGUGGCUCUGCUCGCUGAGAGGACGACAGGGAAUAUGUCCUGGAAACAGACUGAGGAUUGUGGCUGGAGUGUUCGAUGCAAGUUCCGCCUUGCAGAGACGACGCACGCGUACGCCAGCACCAGUUGCUCAUCAGCCUUUGCCGGCGCAGCAGUCACCCGCCUUCACAAAAAUCGAAGAAUGUUCUCAUUACGACGUACCAAGGGCACCAUUGCCGGUGCAACGCAUCAUAGGCACGUACGACUGUCCGAGGCCGGCCGCUGACUGGUACGAUGCUCCGAGAGCGCCACGACCCGCCAGCGCAGACUCGGCUUGCAGCGGUACCGGUUCCCUCACAUCGGCGACGUCGAGUGCUUCUGCGAAUUCUGGCAGUUCAGCGCACUCAGCUGCAUCCGCAUCUAGUACAUAUGAUGUGCCGCGAUCUCGCGCUUUACCUUUACCAUGUGAUGCCGCGUUGGAAGCCCUUGAACGAUUACAAGAAGAAGCGUCAGCGGCGGUUUCGCGAUUGCUUUCCUACGUAUCGCCGGGCUGGCGGCGGCGCGGAGCGUUACGGCCGCGCGUGCUCGACGUGCGCGUAGCGGGCGCUCGUUUACGAGCCGCCUUACAUGAUCUCGCAGUAUUCGCCGACGCUACGCUGGCCAAUGCUCAUGAUGCCCAAGAUAAAGGUAUCGCUGUAAAGUUACGGCCGCUAGUAAAGGCUCUUAAAGACGCAGAGCGCAUAACACACGAAGCAACCAGUGCUUUGGACGCAGGCGACUGGGCGCCGGACCGGUUAGAACGCGACCGAGAGCCGACGGACGGUACGCAGGAUGCCCUGGAUCAGCUCGUUGCAUGUGCGCGAUCAUUGACCGAGGACGUAAGGAGAGCAGCAUCUUUCAUACAUGGAAAUGCGUCACUAUUGUUCAGGAGGUCACCUGCAGUCCCAGAACACGAGUGGACGGAAGAGUACGAUUACGUUCGACUCGAGUCGAGAACUGCAGUUGGUAGGCGAAAUGCAGAAAUACGUGCUGCAUUACCGGAUAAGCUCAGGGCAUCUUUUGAUGCUCUUGUUCGAGAUGCUGACCACGCUGGCGAGGUAAGCGCAGUGGCUGCUGCCACGAGAUUACCGCCAGACGACAGACAACUAGCGGCAUUCUACGCUGCACAAACGGCCACAUACGGCGCCCACCUCUCAACAGCCGUGGAAGCUUUCCUCCGAACUAUAGAAAUGGGACAACCUCCCGACGUCUUUCUCGCUCACGGUAAAUUCGUCGUCUUGAGCGCUCACCGAAUCGUCCAUGUCGGGGAUACUGUGCACAGGAGCGCACAACACGCCGGCUUAAAAGCGAAAAUAUUACGCUGCUCCGAUGCCCUCUCGGACGCCUUAGCUGCGACCGUCUCCAAGACAAAGGCGGCGGCGCUGCAGUUCCCGUGCGCGAGCGCCGUGGCGGACAUGGCCGAGGCGGCGCGCACGCUGGCGACGCGCGCGCAGGAGCUGCGGCGGGCGCUGGUGCGCGCGGCCGAGCCGCCGCAGGACUGCACGCCGGCCACCACCGUGCCGCCCUCCGCCGGCGCCACGCCCCUCACGCCGCUCACCCCCCUGGCGCCGCACAACUCGCUUCCCGUACUGUAAGAUGUAUCUAGGACCGCUUCUCGACCUGUGAUUUGAGUCGAAUGUUAAAAUUAGGCUAGUGUUCCAAUGUUCCUUUUGGCUUGGCAGAUAUCUGAUUAUGCUAGAAUUAAAUGUUCUCGACCCGCACUUGCGCUCCGAAGCGCGUCGAAUAGUGCAGCGUUGAAGAGUAUAUGACUUUUGUAAGCUUUUGAUGAAGUGGAUGAUCUGCCGCUGAAUUGGUGUACUUAAACGUAAUAAAUGAUGGAUUUAAAAUUUAUGUCAAACCAUAUGAGUAUCUUUGAAAUAUUGAGCAAAACGUGCUGGACACUUGAAUUAGUGAGGACUGGUAAAAUUGGAGGCUGGUAUACCUCCAGAUAGAUUACCAAAGAAAACAAAGAGAACGGAUAAAAUACAGAAUAACAUUCACUGCCGAUAACGAUUAAACACGCGAAAAAAGUUUCUACUAAAUGUAACAAUUAUAGGAUACAAUAAAUUAACAAAGGCUGCCUUUAGUUCUUAUUGCAAAUGGUUUGCAAAAUAACGCAAGUUUUAAAUUGCUGGAUGCUCAUUUACCGUAGUGAGUUGAGUUAUCCGUCCAGUUUUAUACAUGUGGCAACAAUAAUCUUAUAUUGUAGCGAAUGAAUUUACUACGGUAUUAGACCGAUGAAUGGUUGUAUACUAAAAACGGUACAAAUUAUUGUCGUAGAUUGUUUGUAAAUAUCACUAACAUGUCUACUUUUAAAAUUUCGAUUUAGUGUUGCAUUUUUUUAUAUCAUCUAAACAAAUUAAGCUAUCGUAAAUUCAGUUACUCAAUAACAACUUUUUUUAAUCAUAAUUUAAAAAAAAAUGGCGAUAAUAUUGAAUUUGAAUUUACCAUGACUGAUUUUAAUACCAAUUUCGCUCAAUUUUUGUGUAUUCUAAAAUUUCUGAAUAAGAACAUGAUUUUGUGUUGGUUGUGUUUAGAAAAUAUUACGUGAUAAAUAUUAAAAUAGACAAGUGGAGCGAAAAGGAUAAAAUAUAAUCUAAUCCUAUGAUGUACCUAUAUGUUAUUAAACAUUAUGUAUUUGUUAGGUCUAUUUAAUCUAUCGCAGCUUAUUUUCAUUUUCAAGAACCGCGGUGAAAAGCGCUCGACGAAUAAACUAAAUUUUAUAUUUGAAAAUAUCUUAAUUAUUUUAUCCUUUUUCAAGAAACAUUGAUAGUGACAUCAAAUGAAUGUGGAAAAAACGACUAAGCAAGCUUAGUAUGCGCUUAUCCAAUUUAAAGUAGUCAUAAAUAUUUAAGAGAGUACAAUUUACUCGUUGAAAUCGACUAUAACUACAAUACCGUUAUAGUAUAUGCUAGCAUUGUUUGAAACAAGCGAUAAAUGUAAUUAUUAUAAGUUAAAAUGACUUUAAUUAGGGCUGAGGCCGCACUGCGAAAUCACAAGACACGAUUUUUAUUUUUGCGAUCUCAAUUCAAAUAACAGUAUGUUUACCUCGGGAUUCUUGAACAUCAUAUCGCGAGUAGUUAUAGAUAUAAUUAUGAUUGUACCCUUUGAUCAGAUUACAAAUAAAAUCGGACAUUUUUUGGUAGUGCGGGCUAUCCCUAAUAUUUCACUAAAUGUGGAAAAAUGUCUUCGAUAUCGACAUGUGAUUUGUGGCACGUACAGGAGUUUAGUCAACUUUGAGUGUCAAUAUUUUGUAUUUAAUAAAUAUUAUAUUAUAGUCUGCCGUAGAUACAAUAUAUCAAUGUAAAAAGCAUGUUGUAUAUUAGCAAUGUGUAAUAUAUUUCCUAGGUGUCGUAGAUUAGCUAGGUAUAGAUGAAAUUGUACAAAUGCAUAUUAAAAUAAUAAUUUUAUUAAUAAAUUAUAAUUUAAUCAUCUUGUAAAACGCAAUCAAGUAAAAUAUACAAAUUUUCGUAUUUA